GCCCAGCGGAUGUGGUGGAGACAACAAUUUUAGCAGCGUGUAAAUCGUGAGUUGAGAUCUUUGUUAUCUCUGAAGACUCAGAUUAUAUUAGGCUGUAGGCCUAUUUAUGUACAAGCUCUUCAUUUUGUGAACAGGGGAAAUGAACGCGGCAAGGCCGGUGCCUGUGAUGCGUCUGCCCAAAGGACCAGACCCUCACGGUCGCGGCUUUAACCCUCAGUCCCCACGCUUCAUUGCCCUUUGCCGGACAUCCAUCGCCUCUUCUCUGGCCUCGGAUGUUGCCCCAGAGGAGCUGCAAAGGGAGCAGCUCAUGCGCUCUGAACUGCGGGAGCGCUUCCUGCGGUGUCUUCUGUCUAUGUCCAACAGGGACGUGCGCUUCAAUAUGUACGAAAAUGUGAAGGUGAAAGCGACGUUUGGAGCGUCGGACAUCGAUGUGCUGAACUUUCAGGUUUCAGACCUGCACACCCCUAUUGGAAUUCAAAAAGAGGCGCUGAUCCGGACUCAAGAUGUUGUUUCUCUCGUUUUUGACUUGUGAGCUCACUUUUGGGAUAUUAUAAAUAUUUCGCUUUGUCUUUUUAGAUAUUCUAACUCGGUACUGAUACUACUACUGAUAAUACUUUUACAUAUGUUUUUCCACGUUGUAAACAUGUUUCACUGACACUUUUUCUACACUAGAUGGAGACAAAAGAUUGUUAUUAAAAGACAAGGACCCUUAUCUGUCAAAUUUGA